GCAGACAGAGCCAGCGGCGGCGGCGGCCCUCUUUCAGCUGCUCUGCGAUGGCGGCCGGCGUGUUCCUCCGGGCGGGCCGCUUCCCGGGGCUGGAGGCGGCCUCUCCCUCCGCGGGGGCCGCGGCGCCCCUGUCGCGGCGGGCGGAGGCGGCCGGGCUCUCCUCGUCGGAGGACAGCGAGGACGAGGGUGGCGGCGGCGGCGGCGGCGCUGUGUCGGCCCCUCGCGGGCGCUGCGGAGUGGCGGGCCCCCCCGGGGGCGGCCGGCGGCGGGCUCCGGGCAAGCGGUCGGGCGUCGCGGCGCAGAUCAUCCACUCGGGCCACUUCAUGGUGUCGUCUCCGCACAGCGAGCACCCGCCCAAGAAGGGCUACGACUUCGACACCGUCAACGAGCAGACCUGCCAGACGUACCGCUUCGGCGCGGCCGCGGGGGCCGGCGGGGGAGGCGGCGCGGCGGGCGAGGGCGGCGGGGGAGGCCGCCUCAGCAUCGACGCCUCGCUCACCAAGCUCUUCGAGUGCAUGAGCCUCGCCUACAGCGGCAAGUUGGUUUCACCCAAGUGGAAGAAUUUCAAAGGCCUGAAGCUUCAGUGUAGGGAUAAAAUCCGGCUCAACAACGCCAUCUGGAGGGCUUGGUAUAUUCAGUAUCUGGAGAAGCGGAAGAACCCUGUGUGCCACUUUGUGACUCCCCUGGAUGGUUCUGUGGAGGUAGAUGAGCACCGGCGCCCUGAGGCUAUUGCAACAGAAGGGAAGUAUUGGAAACGGCGGAUAGAAGUAGUAAUCCGAGAGUACCACAAGUGGAGAACCUACUUCAAAAAAAGGUUGCAGAAACAUAAAGAUGAAGACCUCUCCAGCUUGGUUCGGGAUGAUGACACGUUCCUCUGGCACAAAGAGACAUACGGCAGGGAAACACCAGUCCCUAUGGAACUGGACUGCCUCUUCAGCACAGACAUGCUUAUGUCAGAGCUGCCAGACACCCUCUUCUCCACACUGUCAUCUCACCAGCCGCUCUCUUGGCCAAAUCCCAGAGAGAUAGCACACUUAGGAAAUGCUGACAUGAUUCAGCCAGGACUCAGCCCUCUCCAACCAAACUGUAUGGAUACUUUCGAGUUUUUUCAAGAUCUUUUCUCUUCCAGUCGUCCUAGUUACUUCAAUGCAACCCCCAUCACUCCUACUGCCAGCUCUGCCCUGGAAGACACCUGCAGCCAUUCUUCCCAGACAUCCGACCUCUCUUCGGGUUCUUUGCCCAACACGCUUCCCCCCGUGAACCUCAGCGAAGGGCUCGUCACCACCCCAAUUCCUGCCCCUAUCAUUCCCUCUGCAACGGACGUUGGUGCCGACCAGUGCCUUGGCCUGAGGAGUGGGACGGACUCCUUCCUGCAGCCCUCCAACUUCAAUUCUGAACCCCCUCUGAGCAGCCAGCCACAGUUCCUGUCUCCAUUCCCGGCUCUGGUGCCGCUCCUUCAGCCAGGCGUGCUGCCCCAGCAGACUGCGCUGCCUCUGAAUGCCGGCAUGGCUUCCCAGGGGUCCAUGUUUGCUGCUUCUGAGGUCCCAAAGUUUGGGCUCAAAUCUUCGGUGAUCACUCACACAGCCUCAGCCACUCCGACGCACAAUGUCCCAGCCACCACCUUCAGCCAGAGCCAGGCUGGCCUCCUGGCAACCCAGCAGCCAGGGGGAGGAGUGCCUUGCAGCCUGACCCUCCAGACUGCCGUGGCACAAAGACAGCCUCUGCUGCAGCCACGUCCCACCUUUGCGCUCCCAGUGGCCAGUGGCGGGACGAGGUCCAAGAAGCUGCAAAAGAUAGUGCCUGCUCGAAAGCCAGAAACAGUCUCCUUGGUCUUGAAAGAUGCCUUCAUUGCCCCAGCUGCCUUUCAGGGACAGUCCAGAGCUGUGAUUGUAACUCCAGCGCCAUUGAAAAGAGAAGGGGUUUGGGCCCCAAGGAUGUCUCAGCCCAGUGUUGUAAUUGCACCUUCUGGAAUGGCCAGAGCACCCAGAGCAACAGAAUUCCACAGCGGUAUUCUGCUCAGCAGCCCAGGCCAGCAGUCUCCAAGCCCCCAGCCAGUCCAAGCUGCUGUUCCACAUCUUUUUUCUUCCAGUGCAAUCCAGGAAGUGCUGGUGAAAGGCGAGCAGGCCCCUUCCCACAAGACCUGCUCACAGGUCCCCUCGCCUUCACCCAGCCGAGAAUGUCAGGCCUCACCAUGCCCUUCGGACCUCAGUGCCAGCCCACAGUCCCCACAGAACAGCUGCUCAGGGAAAACUGCAACUGAUCCUCAGAUGACUGCUUUUAAGAGUCGCAGGAUGAAGCAUAUUUCAGCAGAACAGAAGCGAAGGUUCAAUAUCAAGAUCGGCUUUAGCACCCUGAACAGCUUGGUGUCAGCAAACUCUAAAUCGAUCAGCCAUGCCCUCACACUCCAGAAGACGGUGGAAUAUAUCGCAAAGCUUCAACAGGAGAGAUCCCAGAUGCAAGAAGAAGCCAAGCGCCUCCGGGAAGAGAUUGAGGAUCUGAAUGCUGCCAUCAUUUCUUGUCAGCAGCAGCUCCCUGCUACGGGUGUUCCCAUCACACGGCACAGGUUUGAUCAGAUGAGGAGCAUGUUUGAGGAAUACGUCAGGAGCAGGACCCUGCAGAAUUGGAAGUUCUGGAUCUUCAGCAUCAUAAUUAACCCACUGUUUGAAACAUUCAACGGAAUGGUCUCUACAACCAGCUUAGAAGAGUUGAACCAGACAGCACUGGCGUGGGUAGACCAGCACUGCUCCCUGCCUGUCCUGAGGCCAAUGGUUUUGAACACUCUUCGCCACUUGAGCAUAACCACCUCCAUUCUCUCUGACCCAUCUCGCUUGCCAGAACAAGCUACCGAGGCAAUGCGCAAGCUCAACAAAACAGAAACCUAACCAAAGGCAACAGCAUGACCUCAAGCCGCGACAGACGCCCAAGCCUUACCGAGGCCCAGAGAGACCUCCUUGUGGUUGAUUCAACUUCCAGCACAUGGGGGGGCCUUGGCACUUGGCCGAGAAAGAUGUGUGGCGGUGUGGGGAGCCAAGGGGGACAAUUGUUAAAUGCUGUGCUUGGGUUUGGUCAAACGGGAAAGCCAACUCAGGUAACUAUGCAGAGUGAGAUCUCUGCACCCAGCAAUAGAAGCACUCCUUCAAUGCAACAUACUGAAAAUAUAUGCAGUGCUGAUGUUUUUCUGCAACUUGACCUCAGGCAUCAUGGCUCAGAGAGGAGGACGGAGGGGGCCAUGUGUUAAAAGGGAAAUGCAUUUCCAUCUUUGUGAAAUAUAACUUGCUUUUAUAUUUUGUUACUGGA